GGAAAACAAAGGCGCUACCCCGGGAUCUGUGACGGACGCCAGCCACUGCUGCCCAAGAUCACCCAUCCAAAGUUUGAAGGUCAUCAGUUUUCUGAUGGUGGUGGUAAGCCAUGGCGGCAGAUGAUAAAGUUGCUAUUUUAACUGAUGAUGAAGAGGAGCAGAAGAGAAAAUACGUGCUUGCUGACCCCUUUAAUGGUAUUUCCAGGGACCCAGAUCCACCCUCAAAUGAAACACCCUCCUCCACAGAAACAUCUGCUAUUCCCGAGGAGGAAAUAGACUGGAUAGAAAAACAUUGUGUUAAAAUAAACAAUGAUCUUCUCAUUUCCAAGGUUUUUUAUUUUUUCUUUUACUCUGCCUAUGGCUCUCUUUACCCACUUUUGCCUGUGUAUUAUAAGCAGCUUGGAAUGUCACCAAGCCAGAGUGGACUACUUGUAGGUAUUCGAUAUUUUAUUGAAUUCUGUAGUGCCCCAUUUUGGGGUGUCGUUGCAGAUCGCUUCAGAAAAGGAAAAAUUGUCCUCCUCUUUUCACUUUUGUGUUGGGUUUUGUUCAACCUGGGUAUUGGAUUUGUCAAACCUGCUACCUUGAGAUGUGUACCAAAGAUUCCCCCAACAGCUCGCCCCACCAACGCAAGUCAUCCAGUAACCAUCCUGCCAAUGAAUUCCUCUGCUGUCUCUUUCCUUACCUUGUCACCAAAAAUACGUGAGAAAAGAAACAUGCCUCUUUCCAACUGGUCCACAGUAGAAGCCGAGCCUGACAGCAUAGUUCCUGAUAUCUAUACAACAGCUUUGCCCAAGACCAGUGAGCCCACCCUGCAGCCCCAAACAGAGGGCAUUACUGACCAUAUUAUAGAACUGAUCUUGAAUGCAAGCACAACAAUCCCUGUCCCCACAGGAAAUGUCACCAGGGAGACAACCACUGCUAUUGUCACUACCACCAAAUCUUUACCAUUGGACCAAGUCACUCUUGUCUAUGAUCAGCAGGAAGUUGAAGCAAUAUUCUUGGUGAUCUUGGUAGUUGUCAUUAUAGGAGAAUUUUUCAGUGCCUCUUCUGUAACGAUUGUGGACACGGUGACACUACAGUAUCUGGGAAAACACAGAGACCGCUAUGGAUUGCAGCGCAUGUGGGGCUCCCUGGGCUGGGGCUUGGCGAUGCUGUCUGUGGGUAUUGGAAUUGACUAUACCCACAUAGAAGUGCUCAUUGAUGGAAAGGGAUGUAAGCCCCCUGAGUACCGGAACUACCAGAUUGUCUUCAUCGUCUUUGGAGUUCUCAUGACCAUGGCCUUGAUUGUGGCUACUCAGUUCCGGUUCCGCUACAACCACUUUACAAACAAUGAGAGUAAAGGGAAAGAGGUAGAGAUCCCUCAGGUAGAAAGGAACAACUCCACGGAGUCCUCUGAGGAGACACCCACCACCACCAGCCACUCCCAGGCCUUCAACUUCUGGGACUUGAUCAAACUUCUCUGCAGCGUGCAGUAUGGCUCAGUGUUGUUUGUGGCUUGGUUUAUGGGUUUUGGAUAUGGCUUCGUGUUCACCUUUCUUUACUGGCAUUUGGAAGAUCUGAAUGGAACGACAACCCUGUUUGGAGUGUGUUCAGUCCUGAGUCACGUGUCUGAGCUGACAGCCUAUUUUUUCAGUCACAAGCUUAUCGAAUUGAUUGGCCACAUCAGGGUUCUGUAUAUUGGCCUGGCCUGCAAUACUGCUCGCUAUAUUUAUAUUUCCUAUCUGGAAAAUGCCUGGACUGUGCUCCCCAUGGAAGUUCUUCAAGGAGUGACACACGCGGCCAUCUGGGCAGCAUGCAUUUCUUACCUCAGUGCUGCUGUUCCCCCUGAGCUGAGGACAUCUGCCCAGGGCAUCCUGCAGGGCCUUCACCUGGGUCUGGGGAGAGGUUGUGGUGCCAUGAUCGGAGGCGUGUUAGUCAAUUACUUUGGGGCUGCUGCAACCUUCCGAGGAAUUGGCAUGGCCUGCCUGGUGAUCCUCCUGCUCUUCGCCUUGAUCCAGUGGCUGGCAGUGCCAGAUGAAGAAGAAGAUAAGACAAUGCUGGCGGAAAGGAUUCCUGUUCCCUCCAGUCCUGUUCCCAUAGCAACCAUUGACUUGGUACAGCAACAGACAGAAGAUGUCAUGCCGCGCACUGAGCCCAGGCUUCCACCCAAGAAAACCAAGCACCAGGAAGAACAAGAGGAUGUGAACAAACCAGCCUGGGGGGUCAGCUCCUCUCCCUGGGUGACCUUUGUCUACGCACUCUAUCAAGUUAAAGAGUUGAUACAACUGACCAGAGACAACCGUGCUUCUGAGAUACAGCCUUUACAGGAGAUCAGUGAGAAUCGGGAAAUUUCUCCAACUGGUGGAGCCCAGCAUGUCCCACGUGAAACUCACUCCGACCCACGUAGGAACCAGCCACCCCCUGACACAGCAGCAUCUCAGACGCAGACCAGCCCUGCUCCCCGCAGUGGGGCCCCUGGAGUGGAGGCAGGUGAGGAGCAGCGGGCUCAGACUGCCACUGCAGGACCCUGAGAACAGCCUCCUCAUCUCUCACCUUGCAUGGACGGGGCUCCUCCUGUGGGACACCAGAAAGCGCAGCCCCCAACCCAGAACAUGCCUCUUCAUACACUCUAAAUAUCUACUCAUCAUCAUGGAAACACAACACACAUGCGAGCUACAGUACAGGUAGGCAGGAAAAGGGAAGUUUCCACAGUUCCACUGGAGUUAAGGGAAGCAGCAGUUAGGAAGGGCUCUGAGUUCUUUGUGAGUUACAGCCAUGUGCGGGUGCGGGAAAGGUAGAAGCCACAGUUUACACUAAGUAGAGGGAACCAAAGGAUUUCAUGAUGGAGACUGGUAUAAUUUCCCUCUUCUGAUUAUUUAUUCUGAUUAUUGGGUUCCCAAUACAAACUGGGAAGAGUACAUGUAUAAUUUUGUGUCUGUUGAAAGGAACCAUUUAAAACUUGUAAGAUAUAUUUAAAAAGUAGCCAGAUAAGUUAGCAGUACAUAUGCUUUUUUAAGUUAAAAACUUCACAAUAAAUUUUACAUAUCUCUAGCAAAUGUAUUUUUAUAUAUGUAUGGUAUGUAAUGAAACCAGUCAACUCUUGGAGCAAAAAAAAGCUGUUACUGACUACUACAAGCUAAGUUGAGCUUUCAAGCUUAAGUUGGGUUUUAAGAAUGACCAGAAAUGGGGGAAUAUUUCAGAGAAAACAACUCAAUAUCCUGUGGCUUGAUUAACAAGGGUUUGUUCAGCAUAUUGACAUUACAAAUAGCCUCUAUCACUGCUUAAUAUUUUGUAGUGAUUUGGGCUCUAAUUAGCUGAUGAAAUAAAACAAGCAAAAACCACUGAAUUCCUAAGGGUUCUUUAAGUAAGCAGUACUAUUUACAAAGAACAGUAUAAGACAUAAGUGCCUGGGGGAAGGGAUAUAAUUUUUAAAAAUUACAUAGUAAGUCAGUUUUGUUUGUGAGGUGGUAAGUAGGAAACUGGAAUGGAAAGGAUGUGAAUAGAGUACUUUCUAAUGACUAAACGAAUGAAUCUUGGUAUGGUCUUGCCCAAGAAGAGUCAGACACUGGAAAAUUGGGAUUUGGGUAUACAACUAUAUAUUACCACCACCAUAGAAAGUGGCUGGUGAAUCACACAAUGUUUGCUGCUAAAAAAAAAAAUGAAAGUGGAGGUUAGUAGGAAGCCUCAGCGAGGGCUGUGGAAAGGGAAUACUGCUUUAGCUGAAUGAAGAUCAGUUCUAUCCUACAUAACAGCCGUGGCUGAGCACAGGAAAGAGCAAAGAUAGAACUAAGCAACUCAUUUAAAUUCACAUUUUGAUUAAAACAGGAUUAGUGUAAACUGAGGGCUUCUCCACAACAGUUCUGCGUGUGGGAGAAGAAAUUCUACAUUUGGAGUCUAGCUUCACCACAAAACACAGCUUAAAGUAAGUGAAAGAAAAAGAACUAAGCAGACAGUUAUUUUUGCACUUGAACUGAAUCGUACUGUACUGUAAAUUAUCAUGACUCAUUUUUAAGUGACCUUUCAGAUCAGAUGUAUUUAUUAUGCUUGUGUAAUUAUAGAAACAAAGAAGUGGGUGACAGGCUGAACCUCACCUAUGAAUGUACAGUAUGUGGAUUUGUGAACCUGACUGUAGGAAGUCAAAAACUUGUUUCUUGUGUUUACAGUUCUUAUUCUUUUAAAAAGCCUGCUGUUUUGGAAAUGCACAAGAGGACAUGUUGAAUUAGAAAUAUGAUUUUUAAAUAUUUCUUAAGGGAUGAAGAUGUGACCAAACAAGUAAACGUCCUUUACUCUGUAAUGAAUGAGACCAAAUUCAACAUGCCUUUGUUAAGAAAUGUUUACUGUGAGCGUUGAUCCAAUAAUGCAGAAAUGUCCAGCCUUUUGAGCUGACACCCUUAUGUUUGUGGACUUUGUGACUUUUUCUUCCUGCCCUCAAAGUGCCAUAUGCCACUUUAAAAAUAUAUAUAUAUUAAAGUGAAUUCAAAUUAAA